AAAAAGUACUCUGUGAACUGUAAAAAACUUAUUGAACAUCAUCAUGACAUUCGGUCUCCGGGUUUUCUCUAAGUUAGCCGUGCCCGCUGUUGGCAACAUAUUGAAUUUUACUCGAGUACAAAUAAGUACCAUCAAAAUGACGGCAAAUAAUCCGGACUACAAACUCGUUAAUUCUAUUCACGAAUUUACAGUCAAAAAUAUCAAAGGUGAAGAUGUAAAGCUUGAUGUAUACAAAGGUCAUGUUUGCAUUAUUGUUAAUGUCGCUUCGCAGUGUGGGUUGACUGCAAAUAAUUACAAACAACUUAAUGAAUUAUAUGAGCAGUAUGGCGAAAGUAAAGGUUUACGGAUCCUAGCAUUCCCAUGCAACCAGUUUGCUGGCCAGGAACCGGGAAAUCCUGAGGACAUUGUUUGUUUUGCUGCAGACAGAAAGGUUAAAUUUGACUUGUUUGAAAAGGUUGAUGUGAAUGGUGACUCUGCCAGUCCAUUGUGGAAAUUUUUGAAGCACAAACAAGGAGGCACAUUGGGCAGUUUCAUUAAAUGGAAUUUCACAAAAUUCAUUAUUGACAAAGAUGGAGUCCCUGUAGAAAGGCAUGGCCCUAAUACUGAUCCGUUGGAUUUGGUUAAGUCCCUUGAGAAAUAUUGGUGAAUACAAAUAUACGGGAUACUAAUAUAAUUUCUAUAUUUUAUUAGUGUAGUGCUUAGCUUUGAUAUAUUUUUCGAUACUUUGUUAUUUGUUUGUUAUAUUAUGAUAAGUGAUCAAUCACACACUGUAUCAUGUUGUCGGUUGCUAAUGAAAAUGUUAAAUCACAUUAAGUUUUUAGUGAUAUCUGGGAUUAUUGCAUUUUUAGAUUUAAGUAUGUCAGUACCUGUGUAAAACUAGUUGAAUAAUAGAAUGGCACAUAUUUUGA